GCGCGGCGGGCGACGCGGGCGAGGAGCGGGGAGGCCGGCGGGCGCCGCCGCCGCCAUGGAGUGCCCGCACCUGGGCGCCAGCGUCUGCCUCGCGCCCGACUCGGCCAAGUUCCCGCAGGGCUCGCCCUCCUCGUGGUGCUGCAGCGUGUGCCGCUCUAACAAAAGUCCUUGGAUCUGCCUGACCUGCUCAAGCGUCCACUGUGGAAGGUAUGUAAACGGCCAUGCAAAGAAGCAUUAUGAAGAUGCUCAAGUUUCUUUAACGAGCCCUAAGAAAGCAGAAAAGCAAGACAAGGUUCAGCAUAUGGUGUGCAUGGAUUGUAGUAGUUACAGUACCUACUGUUAUCGGUGUGAUGACUUCGUAGUGAAUGAUACCAAACUCGGCCUGGUACAGAAAGUCCGAGAGCAUCUACAAAACUUGGAAAACUCAGGUUUUACAGUAGACCGACAUAGGAAAAGAAAACUUCUUGAAAGUGCCUCUGUAAACAGCAAGUUAUUAAAAAUAAAUGGGACCCCCACAAGCUUGUGUGCGACAGGUCUUCGGAAUUUGGGGAACACAUGCUUCAUGAACGCCAUCCUUCAGUCCCUCAGCAACAUUCCGCAAUUCUGCUGUUACUUCAAAGAACUGCCAGCGGUGGAACUUCGCAACGGGAAGACUGCCGGCCGGCGGAUGUACCACACGCGGAGCCAGGGAGACAGUAGCGUCUCCUUGGUCGAAGAGUUUCGGAAGACGCUGUGUGCGUUGUGGCAAGGGAGUCAAGCAGCGUUCAGCCCCGAAUCCUUGUUUUACGUUGUUUGGAAAAUCAUGCCCAACUUUAGGGGGUACCAGCAGCAAGAUGCCCAUGAGUUCAUGCGCUACCUCUUGGAUCAUCUGCAUCUGGAACUCCAAGAAGGCUUCAACGGGGCUGCCCACACAGUCAUCGUUCAAGGGAACCCUGGUCUCCCUGCUGGCGGUAGAUGCUGCGUUAACGGCACUUCUACUGUUGUUACAACCAUCUUUGGAGGCGUUCUUCAGAAUGAAGUCAACUGCUUGAUAUGUGGAACUGAAUCUAGAAAGUUUGAUCCAUUCCUAGACCUUUCCCUAGAUAUUCCAAGUCAGUUCCGGAAUAAACGCAGCAAGAACCAAGAGAAUGGACCAAUAUGUACGUUGCGGGAUUGUCUCCGCAGCUUCACAGACCUGGAAGAACUUGAUGACUCGGAGCUCUACAUGUGUCACAAAUGUAAGAAGAAGCAAAAGUCCACCAAGAAGUUCUGGAUGCAGAAGCUACCGAAAGUGCUGUGCCUGCAUCUGAAGCGCUUUCACUGGACGGCGUACCUGAGGAACAAGGUGGACACCUUUGUUGAGUUUCCUCUGCAAGGCCUAGACAUGAAGCGUUACCUGCUGGAGCCUGAAAACAGCGGCCCAGACAGUUGCCUCUACGACCUCGCGGCUGUGGUGGUGCACCAUGGUUCAGGGGUUGGCUCUGGGCAUUACACCGCUUAUGCGACUCACGAGGGGCGCUGGUUCCACUUCAACGACAGCACGGUCACGCUGACGGACGAGGAGACCGUGUCGAAGGCCAAGGCCUACAUCCUCUUCUACGUUGACCGGCAGGCCGAGUCUGGAUCCGAGAAACUUUAAUGCCUCUGUCUGCCCUGUGCAUAUCAAGUCCAAUGGACAAAACAUUUCCAGUUCUCCACAGAUACUUGAUCCGAGACUCUUGAUUUCAUUGUGCACUUUUCAAAAAAAAUUUUUGUGGGUUCUAGUUUUACAUUGUCGGUAGUAGCAUUUGAUUUAUUAAAAAAUGGACACAAGCUAACUUUGUUGUUAGUUAUACCGGAAAAAAGGCAAAACCUCAGCAGAUACUGAUGUGCUGCUUAAACUCAAAUUUUAUAUAUAGUUUCAGGAGCGACUUUUAUGUUUGACUUGCCUAUAUCAAUGUUGCAGUUUGCUUUCUGAAGGCACAUUGACACGAGGGAACCUUGAUUCCUUCUGAUCAGCGCGACAGGGUGCUCUGCUGAGGAACGCUGGCGACACUCCCGGCUGCUCCUCUCUUAGGAACAACGGCUUGUGCUACCAUCAAACCCUGCGCGUGGGACACACGGACAGACUUUGGGAUCUUUUCUUUUUUAAGGGACUAAAUGGGGCUGCAUUAAACAGGCCAUGUAACUGCUGCUAUUUUUGUUUCUCUGAAGGCUGUUUUUUAGUCUGUAGAUUGUACUUCGGUAGAUGGCUGCAUUGUUUGUAAUAGAACUCUUUUUUAAAAA